CAAGAAAUGAUCAAGAAAACAUCAAUAUAUAGCCAUCCAUUAUUUCAUCGCUUAAUGGAUCAAGAAGCUCAAAAAGGCAUACCAGGUGGCUUCUACCUAGAGAACAGAGAAGAUGAUGAUGACAAGGAAGUGGUUGCACAGAUCAUGGCAAGAUGUUUUGUUCCAACUUUAAUAACAACCGCCUCCUGGGAGGGAUUUCAUUUUGUUGGUCACGAGAUUCGGAUUACUGAAGCCACGGAUUGUUAUGGUGCCGUUGUUUGGCCAUCGGCCCUUGUUCUAUGCUAUUUUCUGGAAACAAAUGUAAAGCAGUAUAAUAUGGUUGACAAAAAUGUGAUUGAAAUUGGAGCUGGAACAGGGCUGGUCUCCAUCGUGGCAAGUUUACUUGGUGCACAUGUGACUGCCACAGAUUUACCUGAAUUACUUGGAAACCUGCAAUAUAAUAUUUCCCGAAACACCAAAAUGAAAUGUAGGCAUUUGCCUCAAGUUAAAGAACUCUCCUGGGGUGUAGCUUUAGACAAGAACUUCCCCAGGUCUUCCAACAAUUUCGACUAUAUCCUGGCAGCCGAUGUUGUCUAUGCUCAUCCUUUCCUGGAGGAACUCCUCAUUACCUUUGACCAUCUGUGCAAAGAAACUACCGUCAUCUUCUGGGUCAUGAAAUUCAGGUUGGAGAAAGAAAAUAAAUUUGUAGAUAGAUUUAAGGAGUUGUUUGACCUGGAGGAGAUUUCUAGUUUCCCUAGUCUGAAUAUUAAGUUGUAUAAAGCCAUGAAGAAAAAUCAGAGGAGUGCAGGAUAUCCUCAAAGGGAGGCUUGGAAAACUAAGGCAGUUUCUAGUAGAUUAUCCCUUUAA